UCAUUCAGGGUGGCUGGGGAACAUCCAGAGUGGAGGCUGGACAGGCGGACUAGAGUCUUUGUCUGCAUGGGGCUGGAGAGGGAUGAGCUGAGGCAGGGUGCACGGCGGGAGCACUGAAGGAGAACUCCGGGAUUGCCUGGAGAAGGCUCUCAGCACGGCCUUCUCUUAUUUUUCUUGGAAGGAAUGGUCAUUGCAAGGCCUCACCUGACACCCGAGACCCCUCAGCUCCGUCCGCAACUCCCCCUCCCCGAGUCUGCCUGCCUCCCUCUGUGACCCUCUUUUCCUUGCCCUCUAAACUCCAGGUCCGUCCCCUCCUUCUCUGCUCAGCCUCUCCACGGCCGAGGCUCCAACACCUGAGGGGACAGAAAGCGGACGCGGGGAGCUCCAACAGGCGGCGGCACGGGACCGCGGGUCCAGGGGUGGCCUCCGCAUGGCCCCACCGUGAGAGCGGACCCAGCGCCUGGGACCGGAGCGAGUUUUGGAGCCCUAGGGCUGGCUGGGACUGGUGGAAGCAGUGACUGCCAUGGAUGAAGAAAAGCUCCCAUGUGAGCUGCAGGAGGAAGGGAGUGCUAUCCAGGACCACAGCCUGGAAGCUGAAGAGGAGCCUGGGGUCCAGAAUGGAAAGGCAGCCAGCGAAAGCCUGAGCAGCCACAUAAGCAGUCUGGGCAGUGAGAAGACAGGCACCAUGGAGAUGGGAGACAUAGAUGUGACCCUGCCUGGCCUUAGCCCCUCUCUCACCAAUGGCCUGGCCUUGGGACAAGAUGAGAACAUUCUGGAAGAUUCCAUGGAAUCCAGGCCCUGGAGAGCUAGUGGACCAACACAGGAAGAUGAUGCUUCCAGGAGUCUCUGUCCAGAUGCUGAGGACCCUCAGCUGGGGCUGGAUUGUCCCGGGGAGCCGGAUGUGCGGGAUGGCUUCAGUGCCACUUUCGAGAAGAUUCUGGAGUCAGAGCUGCUACGGGGCACCCAGUAUAGCAGCUUGGACUCAUUGGAUGUGCUGAGCCUCACUGACGAGAGCGACAGCUGUGUCAGCUUCGAAGCCCCCCUCACGCCUCUCAUCCAGCAGCGGGCUCGAGACAGCCCUGAGCCUGGGGCCGGGCUGGGCAUUGGGGACAUGGGGCCCGAAGGGGUUCUGGGGGCAGCCGGUGGUGGCAGUGAUGGGGAGCUGGGCAGCCCCCUGCGGCGGUCCAUCUCCAGCAGCCGCUCGGAGAAUGUCCUCAGCCAACUGUCUCUCACAUCAGUGCCCAAUGGGUUCCAUGAAGAUGGGCCUGGGGGCUCAGGAGGGGACGAUGAGGAUGAUGAGGACACAGACAAGUUGCUGAACUCUGCCAGUGACACCAGCCUUAAAGACGGCCUGUCAGACUCGGACUCAGAGCUGAGCAGCUCUGAGGGGCUGGAGCCCGGUGGCACAGAUCCACUGGCCAACGGGUGCCAGGGGGUCAGCGAAGCCGCUCGAAGGCUGGCCCGCCGCCUCUACCACCUAGAAGGCUUCCAGCGCUGUGACGUGGCCCGGCAGCUGGGAAAGAACAAUGAGUUCAGCAGGCUGGUCGCUGGGGAGUACCUCAGUUUCUUCGACUUCUCAGGCCUCACGUUGGACAGAGCACUCAGAACCUUCCUGAAGGCCUUCCCACUGAUGGGUGAGACGCAGGAGCGAGAACGGAUCCUCACCCACUUCUCUCGCCGGUACUGCCAGUGUAACCCAGACAACAGCACUUCAGAAGAUGGGAUCCACACGCUCACCUGUGCCCUGAUGCUGCUCAACACAGACCUUCAUGGACAUGUGAACAUUGGCAAGAAGAUGUCCUGCCAACAAUUCAUUGCCAACUUGGACCAGCUGAACGAUGGUCAAGACUUUGCCAAAGACCUUUUGAAGACGCUUUACAACUCCAUCAAGAAUGAAAAGCUGGAAUGGGCCAUUGAUGAGGAUGAGCUGAGGAAGUCCCUGUCUGAGCUGGUGGAUGACAAGUUUGGGACAGGCACAAAGAAGGUGACUCGGAUCUUGGAUGGUGGCAAUCCAUUCCUGGAUGUCCCGCAGGCUCUCAGCGCUACCACCUACAAGCAUGGCGUGCUGACCCGGAAGACUCACGCUGACAUGGAUGGCAAGAGGACGCCCCGAGGGAGGCGUGGCUGGAAGAAAUUCUAUGCGGUGCUCAAAGGGACCAUCCUGUACCUGCAGAAGGAUGAAUACAGGCCCGACAAGGCCCUGUCGGAGGGUGACCUGAAGAACGCCAUCCGUGUGCAUCACGCUCUGGCCACCAGGGCUUCUGACUACAGCAAGAAGUCCAACGUGCUCAAGCUGAAGACAGCAGACUGGAGGGUCUUCCUCUUCCAGGCGCCGAGCAAGGAAGAGAUGCUGUCCUGGAUCCUGAGGAUCAACCUGGUAGCUGCCAUCUUCUCAGCGCCCGCAUUCCCAGCGGCCGUCAGCUCCAUGAAGAAGUUUUGUCGGCCCCUGCUGCCCUCCUGUACCACUCGCCUUGGCCAGGAGGAACAGCUGCGUUCUCAUGAGAAUAAGCUGAAGCAGGUGACUGCAGAGCUGGCUGAGCACAGGUGCCACCCAAUGGAGAGAGGCCUCAAGUCUAAGGAAGCAGAAGAAUACCGGCUGAAGGAACACUAUCUCACAUUUGAGAAAAUCCGUUAUGAGACCUAUAUCCACCUACUGGCCGUGAAAAUCAAAGUGGGCUCAGAUGACCUGGAGCGGAUUGAGGCUCGGCUGGCUACUCUAGAAGGGGAUGACCCAGCUCUCCGGAAAACACACUCAAGCCCCGCCCUGAGCCUGGGCCAUGGGCCUGUGACUGGCAGCAAAGCCACCAAAGAUGCCUCUUCAUCUGAUACUUAGCUGGUGUGGCUGUGCAGGCCCUGGAGGCAGGCAGAUGUCCCCACAGGGGUCAGUGAGCACAAUUCCAGCCAGGGGCUGCUUGGAACAAGCUCCAGGCAGUUAACAGGCCACCAGAGGGGUAUGGAGAGCCCUGUGGCCAAGGAGAUGGAGAUGCCCUUCAUGGCGCUGAUCUUCUUGCAUCCUGGGCCAUCUCUGGCCUAGACCCUCUCCUAGCCCUGGCUGCCCUCAAGUCAUGGGGCCUUGCUUUGCAGGCCAGACAUGCUCUAGGGCCACCAACCGGAGAAGUCUGUCACUGCUGCUUUCCCAGGCCCCCUUCUCAUCAAGCUCCUUCCUCAGCUUGUAUUUGUGAGGGUGGGUUUGAACUCUGGGUCUCAACUUGGACAUCCACCCUUUUCUCCCCUUUCCUCUCAGUUGACCAGCAGCAGGUCCAUGGACCACCAGCAGCGCCUUCUCCUUCCCUUUUCCCAGCAACCUUUGCAACUGGCCCAGUUCUCCUGCCUCACAUUGCAAUAACAUGGGGCCUAACCGCCACUCAGUGCCAAGCUGAUUCCACUCAUGCGUGUGUCCACCUCUCCCUUUUAUCUGCUGAGGCCUCUCCUGCCUCUUUUCUUUUAAUACAAACACAAAUAUAUAUAUAUAUAUAUAUAUAUAUAUAUAUAUAUAUAUUUAAAGACGGUUUGGGAACUACUACCAUCUAGAGGAUGAAACCAGAUAAAGGCAAACAUCCAUCUUGGAGUCCGGCCUACUAGCAAGGAAACCUGCUAUGGAGCCCUCCGCUGCUCUGACACUCUGGACACAAAGAUGAAGACUCUCUGUGUUUUUGCCUUUUCCUCUUCCGCCAGAUUUGUGACUCACAAUCACUUUUCCGGUUGAUGCUUUCAGACUAAAUAGGAUAUGUGUGUGUGGCCUCUUCUGUCCCAAGGGUGUCCUGCGGGGUAAAUGGCUUAGGAGCACAACCUCUGUUUGGGAUCUUUCUGUGAAUGCUGCCAAGGUCUCCGAGCUCCAGUGCUGGCCUCUGCACAGACCUACUGGCAGGAAUGGAGGACACGCUGCCUUGCCGAGUGCCACCCACCAGCGAGCCCAGGCUGGGGGUAGAGUAGGAUCAAGGAAGCUGUUGGUUCAUGAUCUUGGGGAGAAGGUGGACUGGCAAGAUUUUGAUUGUUGAUAAUCCUUUCAUUUUUCUAGUGAGUCAGAAAGGCUAAGGUUAGGGACACAGCUGAGAGUAGAGACAAGUGUCUAUUACAGGUUGACAUUAAACCCUGUAUCACUUAGACAACAAUUGAGUUGGGGGGUUGGCCCUCUUGACACAGCUACCACGAGCCAAUCUUUCCUGUUGUUUGGCCAACAGUUUGACCUCUUUGGUGACCCAAGCCUUGCAACUGAGCCCCUAACGUUUAAAAUCCACUCCCACCUGAUGCAGGGAGCUGGGAGAAUGUGGCAAAGUGUUGUGGGUUUAAAUCCAAACCGUUUAAGUUGGAUUGGCUGAAGAGUUUUAUAACCAAACCAUAUGGCCCCUUUGUUUCGCUCAGGGGAAGCAAAUGCUCAUUUGCAUGAGAUCAGAAAGGCGAUUUAGGGACUAGUAAAGAGAUCUUUGUCGGGAUGCCUGAAGGUCUCUUGAUUUUCAGGCCAGUGUCUCACUCUCUGUGUCAUGGGGUGAGGGAUGAUAGCAGAGGUGCAAGUUUAUUAACCUCAGACACGCGUGGUUCCCCAGGCACUAGUUGUGCCUCCCAUCAGUAAAGACAUUUUUUAGUUCGCUUCCUUAAUUGUAUAAUUCUUUAUUUGUAAAUUAUAUACAUGUACUACUGUACUAAAAUAUUAUGUACAUUAUAAAACAUACACAAAAAUAGAAAUUUAAAAAAAGAUGAGAUGAAAAUAAAUCUAAAUCAAAGUUCUAA